GCCACCUCCCAGGUGUCUCCUCCCCAGGUGGAAGGGGGAGUGUCUCCCUCCCUCCCUCCUGCCUUUGCCCCCGGGAAGCAGCGGGCACAGGCUCCUGCCCUUCCCUGGGUGGGAGUUAAUUGGUAACUGGCGUGUCGGGGCUGCAGGGCAGCGUGAGGCUGGUCCGUGGGGCAGCGGGGACUGGCGGGGGCUGGCUCGGCAGCCUGCGGGAUGUGGCUUUGGCUGGGUGCUCCUGCUCAGCGCCCCGGCCAAGAAGGCCCGUCUGCCCCCCACCCUGCCCCGUGCUCCGGUGACCCUGCAACGGGGCAGGUGCGAGCUGUGCGGGGGGCUCUUGGUGCCUUCUUGGGGGGGCCCUGGCAGGCCUGGUGGUGUCCUCUCCACCCCGUCUUUGCGGCAGUUGUGCGCUUCAGGAUCUCCGCAGCUGACACCUCGUGUCCCCCCGCACGGCGCGGCACGGCUCGGGCGCUGCCUGGUUGCCGGCCGCCUGCAGCGAGCGUGCGUCGCCUGCCUGGAAGGCACCUGCAGCCUGGAACGAGGCAACCCAGCAGAGGCCUUUGAACUGGCAGAUGACAGCUUCUCCCGCGGGGCGGCAGCCGGGCGCCUGUCUGGCAGACAAGAGAAACUAUUACCGCUCCCUCCAUCAUGCCUGGGAGUGGACUGGGGGCUGCUCCGGGCUACGCUGCAGACAGCGCCCGCUUCCAGGGGCGCCGAGCCGUGCGCUGCUGGAGCUCGUGGCCAGCGCCAGCGCGUCUGGGCCGGCUCGCUGCGACAGGCCGAGAUGAGCAGCAGCCGAAUUGCAAGCCAAACCCCAGAGCACUAGGCCUGGCCUAGGGAGACCUCAGGGAGGUCUCAGGGAGACCUCCCCGCUCUGCAUUCACGGCUGGAGCUUGCUGAUGGGAAGUGGCUGUUUUGGCAACAUGGGCGUUUUCCACCAGAAGCCUCUAGUUGUGUCAGUUCCUGCGGAAGCUGAAAGCUGAGACAAUUCCUGCCCUUGGUCUCCGGGAAGGGCGCCAAGGACGUGCUGAAGGAGAAGUGGCCGGCCCGGCUCUGCCCUGGGUCGGAGGCUCCAGCGGCACGACGGUCGCCUCCAGCCAGCCCCGGGAAUGCAGAGCAGCGGCCCAGCCGGAGGGAGCCCAGCCAGGAUCCCUGUCCGGCUGCUCUGGCCUUACUUCUUACCGGUGUGGGGGUCAAACCCUGACCUAGGAGCUGUUGUGCCCCUGCGGGUCACUCCCACAGCAGCCAUGGAAAUGGUGCUGAUCUUCCUGUGCUCCCUGCUGGUGCCUGUGGUCGUAGCGGAUGCUGCUGAUCAGGAGAAGGAAAAAGACCCCUUCAACUAUGAUUACCAGAACCUGAGGAUCGGUGGCCUGGUGUUUGCGGUGGUCCUGUUCUUGGUUGGCAUCCUCCUUAUACUAAGCAGGAGAUGCAGAUGCAGUUUUAACCAGAAGCCCAGAGCACCGGGGGAUGAGGAGGCUCAGGCAGAGAACUUGAUUGCCUCAAAUGCAACAGGAGCGCAAAAAGCAGAGAACUGAACUAGAGCCAUGAGACCCAGAGACCUGAGGACAGACGCUCAGACCCAACGCGAGUGACCUGCCAGCAAACAGAACUGACGGCACCAGGUCCUUCCCAGGAGAUGCCAAGAAGCUGUGUCUGUGUUGCUCUCUGUACUUAACACUGGUUCUCUAGCUGCCAACCCAGCGGGACUCCCCCCGCCGUCCCGCCUGCCCGCCCGCCUGCCAGCCCGCCCACCGUAGCCUGUGAUGUUCGUGUGUAAUGGCCAUCGCCUCUAGGACUAGUCAUUGCUGCUGUUGUGUUAGUGAGUUCUUUCCCCGUUCCCAGUGCGGUUCCCGUGGUACACAGCCACGUGAGAGUGACAGGAUGUGCUUCCUACCCCCUCCCGAGAGCGCCCGUGCAAGGGGAGCCGGCCUUUGCCUUCCUGUGCGGGGGGCAGAGGCUUUUCAGGGGUGUCUCUCGGCACUGGGACGCUGGGCUGCAUCCUGGGGCUCCCAGUAACCUGGCUCGUUGGCAGGGCAGGGUCCUGGGGGCAGAGACCUCUACUGGGCCAGGUUUGGGACACGCCAUGAGCGUGGACGGUGCUGCAUAAUCGACGACGGUACCAUCCUCACGGUUAUGGAGCCCUCCUCGCAAAGCAGGAGCUGGGUGUGUGCAGGGCCCUGGGGGAGCGCUCCCCCCCUCGCCCAGACCCACAUGCAUGCAGUCCCUGGUCAGGGGCCAGCUCCCUCCCUCCCUGUGCCCUCGUGGACCCGUCCUGUCCCCGAGCACUGCCUCUUGGAGGUGACAGACCCACCGGUUGGGAAGAGCACGGGCCCUGGCACUGGGCCGCUCCAGCCUGGCCACGCUCAAGUCUCGGUGGGGAAGGGGAAUCGGCCGGGCUCAGACAGGCCUAGCCCCCAGCCCGCGCAGGGAGGGGGCAGUGCUCAACCCGAACUCACAUCCAAGUCUCGGUUUUCCAUCCUGCAAAGCCUGCAGCCAGCCGAGACGCCCAGGCUCCGGGCAGUCUCAGGGCUGGGUGCUGCUCCCACACUCAGAGGCAGCUGCAACCCUGGGCCUUCCUGGCCACGUGUGGUACCACGCCGAUGCCCCUGCCCUCCUCGUGGUGCCCGUGCUGGUGCCAUGGCUGUCAAUGCGCGGGUGUGCAGCGUGCAUGCUGAGGGCAUUAGCUACGAGGCAUCCACGCAGGCGCUGAUGGGGGGAGCGCACGAGCCAGCUGCCUGCAUGGCGCGGCCUGCACCUGCAGCCGGGGAGAGCGCUCUGGAGGCAGCCCGUGCCUGGUCCUCCUGCCCCACUUGCCCCAGAGCCAAGACCAGCCCUGCUCCCUGGCAUGGCAGCUCCCGCCCGGGGCCCCGCAGGCACUGCUGGGGGAGGUUGAACCAUCUCUAAGGGCUAAAGGCAGCUGUUGCAGAGCUGUCUCUCUCCUUGCUAAGCCAGGACAGGGCUCCAGGGAGUGCCAUGCCCGGCUGAUGCCAGUGGGAUUUACUGCCGCAGCCCAGGGUGCUGGGCCCUCGCUGCUGGUGCAGCCCCCGUGCUGCCCCUCUGCCCGGGCUGGCGAAGCUCCAGGGCUCGGGGAGGGCUCCUGCCAGCUGGGGUCUGCCCCUGCACCGGUGGGCAGGGCUCCCAGCCCCAAAGGGCUUCAGCAGGGGAGGGGAUGCUGUGCACUGGCCUGCGGCUUCGGCCAUACGCAGCUGUGCAGAAGCGCAGCCCAGCCCAGCGCCAUGCUGCGAGGGUCCCGGAGAUGCACGAGCCCACGGGAGGGGAGGAACGGGGUGAGAAGAGGAAAGGAAAGCUAGCGUCAGACCCUCCAGGCAGGCUGGGGUCCGUUCUGGGCAGGCCGAGAGAGCGGCUCCCCUUCGCCUCGCCCCGCUGCGCUGCCCCAGCCUCCUGCACAGGCGAAGGUCCGAACCCCUGGCCCCAUCCCCAGUGCCCGUCCCCCCGCGGCCGUGGAGGUGGGAAGCACAUGCUAUACAUGCUGUCCACAGGCGCGAGGCCGAGCGCGUGUGCUGUGUACCCCGUGCCCCGUGCGAGCUGUCCAGGCCAUGCUCUGGUCCUUCCCCUCUCAGUUAUGCACCACAGAUUCGAGCAGGCAAACCAGCGCGUGCCCGCCCACCCCAGCCCAGCCCAGCCCCGUGUGUUAGCUGUGUGUCCGUCACGCGUCCUGUGUUCGGAGUGACUUCGGUGUCUGUAGUGUGCAGUCGGUAUAACGAGAUUUCAAGUCGUCCGUGUAGAAAAUGGCGAAAUCUGAGUGUUGUGAACUCCAACUCAACUAGCCCAGCUGUGUGUGUUCAUUCUAAAAUAGGCCAACCGUGCUGCUGUGAUACAGGACUGUUGUAUUUUGUGCUGUGACCCAGAACCCAAGGGGAAAGAAGAAUAAAAUAUCAUUUCUA